AUGUCUCGAUUGACCCCCCCUAAGACUAUCGCUGGGAAGCCUGUGGGCCCCGUAGGCUAUGGCCUGAUGACCCUCACCCUUUUCGGCGGCAUUCCCUACGACGAAGCGAUCAAGCCAAUGAAGGCAGCCCUAGAAAAUGGUGCUACAUUCUGGAAUGCCGGAACAUUCUACGGUCCUCCAAACGCCAACUCUCUCCAACUCCUCAAGCACUACUUUACCAAGUACCCGGAGGAUGCCUCUCGCGUCGUGCUUAGCAUCAAGGGGGCCUAUGAUGGCGCCACACAGAUGCCACAGGCCAGUCCGGAACACAUCCGGGCCUCCGUAGACGAAUGUCUGGCUGUACUCGACGGCGUUAAGUCCAUUGAUCUCUUCGAGCCCGCGCGUAUCGACCCCAAAGUGCCCGUUGAGACUAGCGUCAAGGCGCUCGUAGAACUGGUCAAGGCGGGCAAGAUCGGAUCCUACGGCCUCAGUGAGGUGAACGCUCAGACAAUCCGUCGUGCCCACGCCCUGUACCCCCCCGCUGCCGUCGAGGUCGAGUUUAGUCUGUUCUCACGGCACGCAUUGGAUAAGGGCGGCAUCGUCGACACAUGCCGCGAACUCAGCAUCCCGCUCGUUGGCUACAGUCCCCUGGAUCGCGGCUGGCUGACCGGCCAGUUCAAGACUCUCGAUGACAUCCCCAAGGACGACUUCCGCCACUUCUACCCGCGCUUCCAGCCCGGCAACUUCGAAAAUAACGUUAAACUGGCUGAGGCUGUCGAGCAGGUCGCCAAGAAGAAAGGCAAUACCAGCGCCCAAGUCGCCAUUGCUUGGGUCCAGCAGCAGGGCGUGCUACCUAUUCCCGGAUCCACUAAGGUACCACGCGUUCUGGAGAACACGAAGAGCGUUGAGCUUACCGAAGCCGAGUCCGCGGAGCUGGAGAAUGCUCUUAGCAAAGCGACGGUCUCAGGUGCUCGGUACCCUGAGAUGUUCCAGGCGCACUUGAACCAGUAA